CUCUCCCUCUCUCCCUCUCCCUUAUUGUUCCACAGUCUCUCUCUCACAUCAGGGAUUUUCUUCCUCUACAGUAAAAGCCUGGCGCUGACAAUGUGGACACCGGGCAGGAAUAUUGAACACAAUUCCGGCUUUGUUUGAUCCGCGCGCGCCACUCCGAAAAGUCUGAUGUGUUUUUUUGUGUUACAGAAUUGUGAAAGAAAAGAAAAACAAAGGCAGAGUUCAUCACCUUGAACAGCUCCAUUAUCUCUAGAGCUUCUUUCAUGCGACUCCCUGCGCCGGACUCCGCAGCUAGAAUGAACUGUGAGCAGGACUUCGGAGACGGGGGCAUGAACGUCACUCUCACCCUCAGGUUGCUCAUGCACGGCAAGGAGGUCGGGAGCAUCAUAGGCAAGAAAGGAGAAACAGUGAAGAGGAUACGAGAGGAGAGCAGCGCACGCAUUAACAUCUCUGAGGGUUCUUGUCCCGAGCGGAUCAUCACCAUCACUGGCCCCACAGAGUGUGUGUUCCGGGCCUUCACCAUGAUCACGAUAAAGCUGGAGGAGGACCUGGCUGCUCUCGUGGCUAACGGCACAGUCACCAGCAAGCCUCCAGUCACGUUGCGUCUGGUUAUCCCUGCCAGCCAGUGCGGCUCUCUAAUUGGAAAAGGCGGCUCAAAGAUCAAAGAGAUCAGAGAGAGCACAGGGGCACAAGUGCAGGUCGCAGGUGAUCUGCUUCCCAACUCCACAGAACGAGGUGUGACGAUAUCCGGGAGCCAAGAAGCCAUCAUCCAGUGUGUCAAACUAAUCUGCACUGUCAUUCUCGAGUCACCUCCAAAAGGUGCGACAAUUCCAUACCGCCCUAGCCCCUUACCCGGUGCGGUACUGCUCUCUGGAAAUCAGGUUUUCGAAGCUUCUGAGUUUGGGUCUCACCCUCUUUUCUCAGUGGCUCAGGGAGCUCUGGAUCUGCAACAAGCAUACACUGUACAGAACCAAUAUGGCAUUCCACAUUCAGAGUUGGCCAAGCUGCACCAGUUGUCCAUGCAACAGGGUCUGACACCAAUCGCUCAGCCAGCAGCUACAGCCGUCCUGCCUGCAGGCAUGGAGUCCAGCACCCAGACGGCAUCACAGGAGCUCCUCAUUCCAAACGAUCUGAUUGGUUCCAUCAUCGGCAGGCAAGGUACGAAAAUCAACGAGAUCCGCCAGGUGUCCGGGGCUCAAAUCAAGAUUGGGAGUCAGCUGGACAGCACCAGUGACAGACACGUCACCAUCACAGGCUCUCCAAUCAGCAUCAACCUAGCUCAGUACCUCAUCACGUCCUGUUUAGAGACCGCCAAAUCCACCGCCCAGUCCUCCUCCAUGUCGAGCCCCGUAGAGCUGAACAUGAGCUUCACCCAGCCCGCCUCCCCUGCCUCGUCCUCCGCCGCAGCCCUGGCAGCGAUGGGCGCUCUGCCCCAUGCUCCAAUCCUGGGCGCCCCCUAUGCCCUCCCCCUCUCCAGCCUCCUGGGAAUGAAAACCGUCCCCUUCCUGGCACUCUCAGCUCCCGCCGGCACAGCUGCAGCCGCCGCCGCCGCCGCCGCUCCGGCCCACGCUACCCUGGCAUCCUACACAGCCAAGAUCUCUUCAGCCAACGGCAUCAAGAAACCCGAGCGCCAGAAGUUCGCGCCGUACUGACCCUCUUCUUGAAAGAGACAAGAAAUCUCACACCUCUGUUCAAACAAAGCGAGGAGUUCCUCUACUUUUACCUGUUGUAGCCGUGUAGUCAAAAGAGACUUUACCCUUUUUUGUUCGUUUUGUUUUGAUAUAGCUUGUUACAGAGCUUGUCCUGAACUUGACUCUACUAAGACAUUAGGACAAUAGCGUAUUUAAAUAGCUCUAUUUAUGUUUUCUUUCCGGCUGAUGUAGCCUCUAAAGCCAUAGCUUAUUCCUAACCUGUAAUUUUCUCCGAAUCCUAAUACUCAUCUAUUGUCUGCUCUUAUUUAUUAAUGAUUACAACAUAUUCCCGGCAAAAGACUUUAUACAAUGAGACACUGGUGACUGAUGCUAAACACUUCUGUAUCAGCUUUUAUACAACGAUAUCUGUGUAUGCCUCUGUAUACAAACUUUCUCAUUUUUUUAAUACUCUGAACUAUAUAUUUAAAAAAAUUGAAAAAAAAACGUUUUUAAGAAGUCGACAGGUUUAAACGCUCGCUUUGUGUUGGUUGUUUUUUUUUUAUGUUUCAUCACAUUUGUUUGAAAAUGAGUUAUUUAUUUUAUUUAUUAUGACUGUUUUGUUUUACGAUCAAUGGUUUCCAUAAGAACAACUGUUUCCACUCACAGAUUUACAGAUUCUCACUCUUCACUUCAUUUACAGAGAUGAGACUUGGGACUAAUACUAGGUCCUUUUUCUUUUAGAGAGAAUUCAGGUGUGUGUAGAAAGGCCAUGGCAUUAAUGCUAAGCUAGGCUGGAUAUUGACUUGACCCACACAACCGUAUACACACACACACACACACACACACACACACACACACACACACACACACACACACACAGACAGUGUAACACAAAAGCAAUACUGGACUGAACACUUUGAUUUUACUCAUAGACCCGGACAUAAAUGUGUAUCAGCUGUAGCUCUUCUAAUCAUGACUGUUUUCAUUCACAAGACUUUCGUACACAUAGACCUUGUUUUAGUUCGGUUCUAUUUUUUUCAUUUGAAUAAAUAUAUGAAUAUAACUCACUUAUUUUUGUAAAGCCAGAUCUUAUGGACAGAACAUGACAACGAUUCCUCACCAAUUCAUCCGUUUGAUGUGGUUAAUCUCGACCCUGUGUAUGUGUUCCACUUUUUGUGUUUCCUUCUAAUGCCUCACAUAGUCAUUUGCAUGAAUUCAACUUGGCGUCUAUGCAAAACAUCUCUCGGUGGUUCAGCGAGGUUUCCUGUGUCACGCCUCAUCGGCAGCUCUAAAUAACCCACUGCCGGGUUAAAGGACUACGCCAAAAGCGAGCGACGAGGCUGACCGCAGAUAUUGAACCGUACGAUUAUAUAUAGAUAUAUAUAUAGAUAUAUAUACAUAUACAUUCUAUAUAUUUGUUGUAUUCUAUCCAUUAACUCAUUCCAGACAUUAACACAUAGUAACCACCACUUUAUACUGUAUAAAACGGCACAUGCAUUGCUCUAUGACAUGCGACAUUGCACUUGAACGUGAUAAUUCCACUAUGGCCAAAAUUUGAGUGUGAAAUGUUCAACUGCUUGACUAUUCUCUCUAAAAAAAUUUUUUUUUGUUUGUUUGUUUCUUUUUUUUUUGAUUUGCACCCGGUUGUGACCUCGUGUCAGCCUGGCACAUGUGUGUGUGACUCUUGAUUUUGCUCCAUUAUUCAUUAAUGCCAUACAAAUGAAUAAAACCAUACUGUAUUAACUUGA